GUCCCGGAGCUGCCGCAGUGCCACCCGCCCUGUCCCGGCCCGCGCUCCGGCUCCGCCGGCGGCCCGCACCUGCUCCGGCCAUGAUGAGCUUCAGCGGCGCGGACGCGCUGCUGGGCGCCCCGUUUGCGCCGCUGCAUGGAGGCGGCGGCCUGCACUACGCGCUGGCCCGCAAGGGCGGGACGCGCUCCGGCACCGGCUCCUCCAGCGGCUUCCACUCGUGGGCGCGGACGUCCGUGAGCUCCGUGUCGGCCUCGCCAAGCCGCUUCCGUGGUGCCGGCGCCGCUUCGAGCACCGACUCUCUAGACACGCUGAGCAACGGGCCGGAGGGCUGCGUGGUGGCGGCGGCGGCGGCACGCAGCGAGAAGGAGCAGCUGCAGGCCCUGAACGACCGCUUCGCGGGCUACAUCGACAAGGUGCGGCAGCUCGAGGCGCACAACCGCAGCCUGGAGGGCGAGGCGGCGGCGCUGCGGCAGCAGCAGGCGGGCCGCGCCGCCAUGGGUGAGCUGUAUGAGCGCGAGGUGCGCGAGAUGCGCGGCGUCGUGUUGCGCCUGGGCACGGCGCGCGGUCAGCUGCGCCUGGAGCAGGAGCACCUGCUCGAGGACAUCGCACACGUGCGCCAGCGCCUCGACGACGAGGCCCGGCAGCGCGAGGAGGCUGAAGCAGCGGCGCGCGCACUCGCGCGUUUCGCGCAGGAGGCCGAGGCGGCACGAGUCGAGCUGCAGAAGAAGGCGCAGGCACUGCAGGAGGAGUGCGGCUACCUACGGCGCCACCACCAGGAAGAGGUGGGCGAGCUGCUCGGCCAGAUCCAGGGCUGCGGGGCCGCGCAGGCGCAAGCGCAGGCCGAGGCGCGCGACGCUCUCAAGUGCGACGUGACGUCGGCGCUACGCGAGAUCCGCGCUCAGCUCGAAGGCCAUGCGGUGCAGAGCACGCUGCAGUCGGAGGAGUGGUUCCGAGUACGGCUGGACCGACUGUCAGAGGCAGCCAAGGUGAACACAGAUGCCAUGCGCUCAGCACAGGAGGAGAUCACUGAGUACCGGCGCCAGCUGCAGGCCAGGACCACAGAGCUGGAGGCCCUGAAAAGCACGAAGGAUUCGCUGGAGAGGCAGCGCUCUGAGCUGGAGGACCGGCAUCAAGCUGACAUUGCAUCCUACCAGGAUGCCAUUCAGCAGCUAGACAGUGAGCUGAGGAACACCAAGUGGGAGAUGGCAGCCCAGCUCCGAGAGUACCAGGACCUGCUCAACGUCAAGAUGGCCCUGGAUAUUGAGAUUGCUGCGUAUAGAAAACUCCUGGAAGGUGAAGAGUGUCGGAUUGGCUUUGGCCCAAUUCCUUUCUCUCUCUCUGAGGGACUCCCCAAGAUUCCCUCUAUAUCCACUCACAUAAAAGUCAAGAGUGAAGAGAAGAUAAAGGUAGUAGAAAAGUCAGAAAAGGAAACUGUGAUUGUGGAGGAACAGACAGAAGAGACCCAGCUGACUGAAGAAGUCACCGAGGAAGAGGAAAAAGAGGCCAAAGAGGGAGAAGAGGAAGCAGCGGAAGAAGAAGUAGAAGCACCGAAGUCUCCCGCAGCGGAAGAGGCUGAAUCUCCAGAAAAGGAAGCCAAGUCCCCAGCUGAGAGCAAGUCUCCAGAGAAAGAAGAGGCCAAGUCACCAGCUGAGGUCAAGUCUCCAGAGAAAGAAGAGGCCAAGUCACCAGCUGAGGCCAAGUCUCCAGAGAAAGAAGAGGCCAAGUCACCAGCUGAGGUCAAGUCUCCAGAGAAAGAAGAGGCCAAGUCACCAGCUGAGGUCAAGUCUCCAGAGAAGCCCAAGUCCCCUGUGAAAGAAGAGGCCAAGUCACCAGCUGAAGCCAAGUCCCCAGUGAAGCAAGAGGCCAAGUCACCUGCUGAGGUCAAGUCUCCAGAGAAGACUAAGUCUCCUGUGAAAGAUGAAGCAAAAUCACCUACUGAGGUCAAGUCUCCUGAGAAGGCCAAGUCCCCAGUGAAGGAGGAAGCAAAGUCACCAGCUGAGGCCAAGUCCCCAGACAAAGAAAAGUCCCCAGUGAAGGGCGAAGCAAAAUCACCAGCUGAGGCCAAGUCUCCUGAGAAGGCCAAGUCCCCAGUGAAAGAGGAAGUGAAGUCCCCCGAGAAGGCCAAAUCACCAGUAAAGGAAGAGGCCAAGUCUCCAGCUGAGGUGAAAUCUCCUGAGAAACCCAAGAGCCCAGUGAAGGAGGAAGCCAAGUCCCCUGCAGAGGUCAAGUCCCCAGACAAGGCCAAGUCCCCUGUGAAGGAAGAAGCAAAGUCCCCUGAGAAGGCCAAGACUCUUGAUGUGAAGUCUCCAGAAGCCAAAACUCCAGUGAAGGAGGAAGCAAAGUCCCCUGCAGACACCAAAUCCCCUGAAAAAGCCAAAAGCCCAGUCAAGGAGGUCAAGUCCCCCGAGAAGGCCAUAUCUCCUGCAAAGGAGGAUGCCAAGGCUCCUGAGAAGGAAGUCCCAAAGAAGGAAGAGGUGAAGUCCCCCUCAAAGGAGGAGAAGCCCCAGGAAGUGAAAACCAAAGAGCCCCCAAAGAAGGUGGAGGAAGAGAAGGUCCCAGCCACACCAAAAACUGAGGAGAAGAAGGACACCAAGAAAGAUGAAGCGCCCAAAAAGGCGGCUCCGAAGCCUGAGGCUGAGGAGAAAAAGGAAGCUGCUGUAGAAAAGCCCAAGGAAUCCAAACCUGAAGCCAAGAAGGAACAGGUUGAAGACAAGAAAAAAGCAGUGACCCCGGAGAAGGAGACUCCUGCCAAGGUGGAGGUAAAGGAAGAGGCUAAGCCCAAGGAGAAGACUGAGGCGGCCAAGAAGGAACCAGAUGACGCCAAGGUCAAAGAACCCAGCAAGCCGGCGGAAAAGGAGCCGGAAAAGCCAAAGAAGGAGGAGGCACCAGCAGCACCAGAAAAGAAAGACACCAAGGAGGAGAAAGUUACAGAGGCCAAGAAGCCUGAGGAGAAGCCUAAGGCCAAGGAAGAUGACAAGAGCCUCUCAAAGGAGCCCAGCAAGCCCAAGACGGAGAAGGCCGAAAAAUCCUCUAGCACAGACCAAAAAGACAGCAAGCCGUCAGAGAAAUCCUCAGAGGACAAGGCCACCAAGGGCGAGAAGUAAGGCAGAAGAGAAAGGAACAUCCAGAGCAGCCAAAGAAACUCAGGAGUGUCCUGAAGUUCAAGGGUCAGUGCAUUAAAUUGUCAUUUUUCUUCCUUUUCUUUCUAUAAGAAGAAACUCUGCUUUGAUGUUGGGCCCUCCUUCGCCAAACAGGAAUUUCUAUUAGCAAUAUGUUAGCAAGAGAGGGCACUCCCGGCCCCCAGAACCUCAUGCCCCAAACCCUUCCCAGGCGAAGGACAAUUACGUUAUGAUAGCUUAUGUAGCCAAAUGUGACAUACGCCGAAUGCCACUCGUAAACACUUGACUACAGAAACUGCCCCCCUCCUUUCCAAAUAAGUGCAUUUAUUUCCCGUAUGUACAACUGACAGAUGACCGCAAUAAUGAAUGAGCAGUUAGAAACACAUUAUGCUUGAGAUGUCUUAACCUAUUCCCGAAUGCCUUCUGUUUUCCAAAGGAGUGGCCGAGCCUUUACCCAGCGCUCUCUGUCCUGGAAGAGCUGAAGCAGGUGGGGCUAGGCGCUGGCCACUUGGUCACGCCAGGGCGCACUUUCCACUGGAGUCCACCUCCAAUUGCUUCUGUGCAAUAAAACCAAGUGCUUCUAAAAUGAAAA